AUGAGUGGGGGAAAGGUGGACAUCAAAGUUGUCCUCCUUGGAAAAUCCUACGCAGGGAAGACGAGCCUAGUGGAGCGCUACAUUCACAACAGAUUCAUCGGUGAUACAGUCCCCUACCAGAACGUAAUUACAAUCGGAGCUGCAUUUGGAGCUAAGACCGUUGUUAUAAACAACAAAAGUGUGGUCAUUGGAAUAUGGGACACUGCUGGCAGUGAACGAUACGAAGCCAUGAGCAGGAUCUACUACAGGGGAGCUAAAGCUGCCAUCGUGUGCUAUGAUCUGACGGAUAAAUCCAGCUUUGACAGGGCCAGGUUUUGGAUUGGGGAACUACAGAAGCAUGAAGAGGGUUGUCAGAUUCAUCUGUGUGGAACCAAAUAUGAUCUCAUUGAAGGAAAUCCAGAUCUCCGUAGAAUUGAUGAGAAAGAAACAAAAGCUUUAGCAAUAGAUGUGAGAGGUGAUGUUUAUGAAACUUCGAGCAAGACAGGCAAAGACAUAGAUAAAAUUUUUGUCAAGAUAGCAAGUGAUUAUUUAAACUCCAAGCGAGAAACUCUGGAGGAAGAGACUUCUGAUAUUAUUAAACUUCAUCCAUCAAAGAAACAUUUUUGUCCUGCUUGCCGGAGUUGA